UGCGUACAGGAGCGCGUGAACACACCGUGCUGCCAUGAAGAUGAUGACAGGGCUUUGGAAGGAACGUGGUGUACACCAGAAAUUCACCGCGCGAUAGAAGCUGGCUACCGCAUUGAAAAGAUUUACUCUGUUUGGCAUUAUCCAGAGCAGAUGCAAUAUUUAUUCAGAGAAUACAUAGAUCUGUUUUUGAAGCUUAAAACAGAGGCAUCAGGCUAUCCACCGAACUGUCGAACAGAGGAAGACAAAGACAGAUAUAUUGAAGAGUUUCUUAUUAAAGAAAAUAUUUUAUUGGAUAAAAACAACAUUGCGAAGAUGGGCUAAGAGCGUUGUCCAAACUUAUGCUGAAUAGUUUUUGGGGUAAAUUCGGCCAGCAGGAAGACAGAUCCAACACCGCUUUUGUUGAAAAGAAAGAGAUUUUCCAUGAUUAUUUGUUUUCCAAUAAAUACGAAGUUGCCGGAUUCGACUUGGUGACUGAUGAAGUAAUGGCGGUUCAAUACCGUUCUAAAAAAGAUUACAUCCCAACGAGCAAAAAGACAAAUGUUGUCAUUGCGGCAUUCACAACAGCAUAUGCGCGGUUGCACUUGUUGAAGUUUAUGGAAAUGGUUGGAGACCGCUUGUUAUAUCAUGAUACUGGCAAUAUCUUUUAUAUUCACACUGAUGAUUUGCCUGAUCCGCCAGUGGGGACAUGUUUAGGAGAUUUGUCAUCGUCCUUGGAGCCUAAUGAGCACAUCAAUGAAUUUGUUGCACUCGGGCCUAAAAGCUACGCGUACCGCACCAACACUGGCAAUGAGACGAUAAAGGUCAAGGGCUUUACCUUAACAAGGAAAGCCAGGAAACAGUUGAACCUCGAAAGCCUGAAGGAAAUGCUGUUCGAAAGCCUGGCACCGCAAGACCAGCCAAAUGAUAUUACCGUGAACUAUCCGUUUAACAUUACGCGGAAUAAGCGUAAAUCGGAGGUUUCCGCAAAAGAAAUAAAUAAACGGUUUCGACUUACAUAUUCAAAGCGUCGAAUUGUCGACACGGAAUUUAACACUCGACCAUGGGGUGACGUUUCCAUUGAUUAAAUCUUCAACUGCCAGUGCUGAGCAGUUGUUGAUACCGGUUUUCAUAUUAUGACUUACUCCGAAAAAGGCCUCGAGCAAUAUUAUUAAAAUUAACAUUAGAAUAAUGCAUGAUCCCAUAACUGCUUCGCAAAAGUUCUUUUUACACACUAUGCGUGCCAUUUUGAUAGUAUAUUUUCUUGCUUACGUAUGGUGAUUUAUUAUGAUUUGGCGCCUUUAAUACUUACUUUAAACUGAAAACACAAUCCAGACAACCCAUUAUAUAAUACAACCAAAAAAUUAAAAUUUUGUGUAAUGAUAAUAUUAUCGAGUUGUGUGCGGAUGUUAGUACUGCAUACAUGUAGCGUGUUUCAUACAGUAUGAAAUAUAUACAGUGUACAGUUGUGAUGAUUCAUGUGUGGGAGUUGGGAACUGUAGUUAUAAAGUGCAACCGGAUAUUACAGUUGACAGGUGCAGCUCCCAACUCCAGUUUAUGACGUAAGCCGUCGCCAUCUUGUGUUUAUAUAAGGUCCG